AUUUACAAAUUUUUAGAUACAACAACUACAUAGCUUCAAGAAAACUUGAAAGAUCUGUAAAAAAAAAAGGAGUAUGUGACUUAGCGUCUUAAUAAAAACCCUCUUCUUCCUGUGGACGUAGGCUUUAAUAGCCGAACCACGUACAUUGCUGAGCAAAUUUUCUUCUUCUCUUCUCAUCGUCUACAAGAUAGCUCAAUCGUUUACUAUUUUCUUCAUAUCGUCUAGAAGAUCGAUCGAUCGUCUACCUUUUCUUUCAGCAAUCAUCUACACGAUUGCAUGAUCGUUUACCUUUCCCUUCUGUCAUCGUCUACCCAAUUGCAAGUCUUCUCCAUCGUAUACUCAAAGCAGUCGCAUAGAUCAAACAAGAAAGCAUUAGGGUUAGAAGAAAGUAAAAGAAUACAGAAGGCGGAGAACGAGAGAAUCAAAAAACUAGAGAGAGAAAGAAAAUUUUGAUUUGCAUUAAUCACCCAUCAGAAAAAGGAGUUCUUUUUCAUUUUUUCCAUCAGACAAAGAGUAGUGGAAUCGACCACGUGUAAGGCAUCAGCUGGAAAAUCGUAGGCUCCUAUCAACCAAGUUCUCUACCAACCAAAGGACUUGGGACAAAGAACAUGGCUCUCGAUUUGGAUCAAAUAGUAAAGGGCCUCAUUUAAUUUUUCAUCAUUUGGGCUAAUUUGUUUUUCUUUUGCAGAAGCAGGCCCAACAUUCUUAAAAACUUGAGAACUAAAAAGUUACAUUUUGAAAACUCAGAGAUCAAAUGCACCUAAUCUAUGUAAUCUAAAAAAACUCAUAGACUUAAAUGUACGUUUUGAAAACUCAAUGAUCAAACACACCUAGUCUUCAAAACUUGGGGACUAAAAGGUAGUUUCCCCAAAAGUCUUUAAAGCUAUAACAUUCUUCAGGCCAAGACAACUUAGUUAGGUUUGUAAGAAUGUUUAAGGGGUGCAGUUUUUGUUCCACAAAUCAGACAUACAUUUCUAAUCUGUUUCUAGAGAAGUUAAUAUAGAAGACACAUGUGAAAGUUGAGGAUAAUCCCACUUGCCAAUCACAAGAAAUGAAACUUGAGACUUCAUAAUUUCUACCUAUUCAAUUGUUAGUGGCAAAAGAGUAACUCAUGUGAGCACAGAAAAUAAGCCUAAGAAAAUACACCCGUGACUACUCAUUUUACAAUACAGACAAAUUCAAUUCUGUAUUUCCGCCUCUUAUUUUGGCAUCCAAAGUUCCCCCCUUUUGCUUAUAUUUCAAUACUAAACAAUACCCCCAUAAAUUCAAUUCACUUUCUCCCUGACUUUUUCAUUCCUUUAUCCAAUCCAAUCCCAACUGUAAAGUUGGUUUGUCUUCACCUCACCUAUUAACUUCCAAUUCGGCGCAGUUGAUCUCGUGAAUAAUUUCUCUCUCAACCAACACUAAACUAAACUUCCUUCUCUAUAAAUAACACCCCCAUUUCACCACUACUAUUCCAAGUCAGUGUGUUAUAUUACAACUUGUAACAAUGUCUUUUUCAAUCACUUUGCCUCUCUACUUCAUUUUGCCUCUCUUUACCUUAUCUUCCUCUGCUUUCACUCCUCAACAUUACUCUACUGCCCUUCAGUAUUCCAUUCUUUUCUUUCAGGGACAGCGAUCCGGGAAGCUGCCCUCGAACCAACGUCUCGCAUGGAGGGGUGAUUCUGCCUUAUCAGAUGGCUCCUCUUAUCAUGUUGACCUUGUUGGUGGCUACUAUGAUGCCGGGGAUAAUGUCAAGUUUGGCUUGCCAAUGGCCUUUACUACUACAUUGCUGGCUUGGAGUGUCAUUGAGUUUGGUGACUCAAUGGGGAAUGAGAUUGAAAAUGCAAGAUCAGCAGUUCGUUGGGGGUCGGAUUAUCUAUUGAAGGCUGCCACUGCUGCGCCUGACGUCUUAUAUGUUCAAGUGGGAGAUCCAAACCUUGAUCAUAAAUGUUGGGAAAGGCCAGAAGAUAUGGACACGCCACGUACUGUGUAUAAGAUAACUGCUCAAAACCCAGGCUCUGAUGUAGCAGCAGAGACUGCAGCUGCGUUGGCUGCAGCUUCAAUCGUAUUCAAAGCAUCCGACCCUUCUUAUUCUAACAAAUUACUCGAUGCGGCCUUAAAAGUAUUCGAUUUUGCAGAUAAGCAUAGAGGUUCUUACAGUGAUUCCCUCCAUUCAGUGGUCUGUCCAUUUUACUGUUCUUACUCAGGAUACAAUGAUGAGCUUCUAUGGGCUGCCUCAUGGAUUUACAAAGCCUCAAAAAACAGCAUACAUUUGAACUAUAUCCAAUCCAAUGGCCAUAUACUAGGAGCCGAAGAAGAUGACUACACUUUUAGCUGGGACGACAAGCGCCCAGGAACCAAGAUCCUUCUCUCCCAGGAUUUCCUAGUGCAAAAUUCAGAGGAGUUCCAAAUCUAUAAAGCACACUCAGAUAAUUACAUAUGCUCCCUCAUCCCAGGAACUUCCAGUUUAAGUGGUCAAUAUACUCCUGGAGGACUAUUUUUCAAAGGAAGCGAGAGCAACCUGCAGUAUGUAACUUCAGCAACUUUUCUCCUUCUAACCUACGCGAAAUACCUAAGCUCCAAUGGCGGAUCCAUUCGAUGUGGGACUUCAAGGAUUUCCCCAGAAGACCUAAUCGCACAAGCAAAGAAACAAGUCGAUUACAUAUUGGGAGAAAAUCCAGAGAAAAUGUCAUACAUGGUGGGAUUUGGAGAACGAUACCCUCAGCAUAUUCACCAUAGAGGUUCCUCUGUGCCGUCCCUUCAUUCACACCCUAAUCGAGUUUCUUGCAAUGAAGGUUUCCAGUUUCUGUACUCUUCUUCACCAAAUCCGAAUCUGCUUCUUGGCGCCAUUGUUGGUGGACCUGAUAAUGGCGAUAAAUUUUCUGAUGAUCGGAAUAACUAUCGGCAGUCGGAGCCUGCUACUUAUAUAAAUGCCCCAUUUGUUGGUGCCCUAGCCUUUUUUACAGAAACACCUUAAUGGAUAUAAUAAUUUUUUUUUUCUUUUCAAGGAAGGAGAGAGAUAAUUGGACAUUGGUUGGAUUUA